AUGUUCGACCCUGACCUACUGGAAGAUGUACCCUCUCUUUCAGCCAACCCUGCAGCGGACGAGACGCGUCGUAAUCUUUAUGUUCUUGGAUUACCUCACGACUUCACCCUAGGGCAUCAGCUCAAUGUGUCAUGGGCAGUCGUUCAACGAUCAUCGGGCUUUUUAGAUGGUGCCGAUCGCACCUUGGACGCCUUCUCAGAUGCGAGUAACAGUGUCAAGAAACCUCAACAGCCUCCCCGGGUUAAUGGCCAAUUGGGAGUCACGACUUCCUCUUUGCUUGAUCCUCCUCAUCCACCGCUCUCUUCGAACCCUCGAUUGCCCGAUGGGGAGAUUAAACUUGCUUCCAGUUCCUUCCUCGAAAAUAUGGGCACAACUUUUGCCUCCACACUUCUGGUUUCGAACCUCUGCCCCUGGCUUUUCCAAACCUACAUUGAUAUCCAUGCACUCUUCGCACCUUAUGGACAGGUUAAGCGCAUCACUAUCAUCCCGCCGUUGCAACCAGUCGACCCCGGCGCUCGCCCAUCCCAUGCUGCCCUUGUGCAGUAUGACGACUUACAAAGUGCUCUUUCCGCGUUAUAUCAAGUUAAUAGUAGACCCUUUGGUACCCGUAUUGCACGAGCAAGUCUUUUUCGAGAUGCGAUAGAGCGCGUCAUGCAACUUCAAACUCCGACGCCCCCAAAGCCGACGCCUAAAUUGUCCACUACUGGUGUUUCUCUCGCUCAAAAGCAAAGACGUACCAUUGAAGCAUCUCAAAUCAACGAGUCUGGACCUUCUCAUGCUACCACUCGUGUUAACGUUCAUUAA